CAACAUCCGAACUCAACAACAGUUUGUUUACCACUGGGUAUAACUACCGUUUUGUGUGAAGACUAUGUCUCAGUGGCUCCAACUGUGUUACAAGUUGUAGCACCGAGAUGAACAAGCUUCUUCUCUUACUCCUGGGCCUCUGCCUAGCCCAGGCAAGCCUGCGGAUAGAAGAUGUGCCUGUCUACGACGAAAACCAGGAGUACAUAUACCAUUAUGAGGGAGAGAUCAAGUCGGGGAUCCCUCACUCAUCGGACCGCUUCUCCGGCAUGAAGAUAGCAUCCGACGUCCGACUGCAGUUCCGAACCCAACAAGAUGUCCUGGUGCGCCUCGAGAACAUCAACCUGUGGACCCUCCGUGGAGAACUGGAAACACCGGAGGAACAGAAGAUCAAGAACACCGAGAAGGACUCAACAUCAGAUUUCUUUCCAGAGCAACUGUACAAGGGUUCAUUCAAGCAUGAUCUCUUCGAAAGCUCUAGGGAGUCUUGGUGGAAGUCAUCCAGCGAAGAAGAAGUAUCUACAACAGAGAACGCUGAUGUGGAGCAUGAACAAGAACAAGGUUUCACCCGCUUCACCAGCGAGAAAAUGUCGGAGCAGGGAAUGAUCGAGUUCCGCAAGCAGCUUGUAAAGGUCAUCAAGUUCCGAUACGAGAUCGGUAAGGUGUGGGACAUCGAGACUUCGGACGACGAGCCUCAAUGGUCUGUGAACAUCAAGAGAGGCAUUUUGAACCUUUUGCAGCUGAAAAUGAACCCCAUGAAGUCCGAGCUCCUUGACAGAGACGAUAGCGAUGAGGCACCAAACAGGUCUUUCGACAAAUCUACUGGAAGGGUUUUCCGCACCAUGGAGAAGGGUGUGAGCGGUGAGUGCGAGACCCUCUACAACAUCCGGAACAGUUUGGCAGGGAAGAACGUUCGUGAGGUCACCAAAAUCAAGGACUUCAAGAACUGCGUGGAGAGACCUGAGCAUGCGCACUCUCUGCACUCUGCGUUCAUUCCCAAUCACCAGGAGGACCCUAAGAAGAUACUCCAGUCUACAGUCGCCAUGCGUGUCGGAGUAGUCGUAGACGACCUGCGUCCGGACAGGUUUACUAUUCAUGCUGUGGAGUCCCGUGGACAACACGUGUUCCAACCGCACUCCAACCAGGGGAGCAAUGUGGUCACGUAUUCCAAUCAGAACCUAAAGAUGGUCGACUUCAAGGAGUUGACUACGCUGAUGCCGGGACCAACCCAUCCACAGAAUAAAGGAGAUCUGAAGUACGUCUUCGAGCAAAAUGAGCACCUUAACGAGGACCAGGACCGUCUUAGCGGUCCGGAGAAAGCCGAGGUGACAAGUGCAAGGAAAGAGAUGAUUAAGCGUAUUUCUCGCGACCUGUCUGUUGAGAUGGGCGGUGCCAUCACACCGGAGUCGCCGCGGAAGUUCAUGGAACUGGUGCGGGAACUCAGGACUCUCAACGAACAUCAACUCCUGGAGAUUCUUGAAGACUACAAAUUGGAAGUGCCAAACAAGAACUCUGAGCACACAACAGAAGAGGAGACUGCGAAGAAACAAACACGUAUGAUUAUCAUUGACGCCCUGUCCUUGGUGGGGACGAAGGAAAGCCUCAAAGCUGUGCAGAAGCUCGUAGACGCCGAAAAAGUGUCAGACGACGAAUGCGAGCAGCUGUUGUCUGGAAUCGCCCUAUCUAUCGAGCCGUGCCCAACUUCUACCGACACAAUGCUGGAUAUUGCCAAAUCCAAACGCUCGAGGAACAGUCCAAAGAUACAGAAGUCAGCCUGGCUUGCCUUCGGUACCAUGGUCAACGGCUUGGUGCGGGAACGAAAGGAAGGUCAACUGGAAAAGAAGCUACCAAACGACGAAGAGCAGACCACAAGACUCCUGCAGAAAUACUCUCAGAACCUGCUGAUGUGCAUUGAACGGGAGAAGUCAGACGAUGAGAAGCUGGCCUGCCUGAAGGCUAUCGGUAACGCGGGCCUUGAGAGCACGGUGGACCGGCUAGAAGAGCUUAUCUCGGGCAAGGAAUCAGACACCACUCCCUUAGAGCUCCGAGUCCUGGCCAUCUACGCCCUGCGCCAUGUGGCGAAGAAACUGCCGAAUAAGAUCCACAACGUCCUCUAUCUUGUUUACAGCGACCCCGAGAGAGACCCAGAGGAAAGGAUUGCCGCUGUGUCUUUGCUGAUAGACCCUGACAUGAAACCCACGUCCUCUUUCCUUCAGUUGGUCGCUCAGAGCACACAAAGAGAAACAUCCAACCAGGUUGGCCAGUUUGUCUACCAAUACUUGAAGAAGAUAUCUGAGAGCCAGCUGCCUAAAGACAAGGGCAUAAAGCCGGUGUACAUGCUGGCUCUCCGUCUGGCCAAGCCUUUCAACAAAGGACUCCAGUACUCUCAGAGCAAGCAGUUGCAGAUAUUUGACGAUGGAAUGAAGACAGGUGCAUCGCUGGACCUGGACAUCAUUGGCAACAAGACGUCUAUCUGGCCAAGAUUUGCCAGAGCGAAUGUAGAACUUCACGCGAUGGGCUACCACAUGGACCUCCUAGAGGCCGGCGUCCGCUUGGAAGGCCUGCAGCCAAUCAUGGAGUCACUGUACGGCAAGAAAUCUGACGAAAAGAAAAACGUCUUCGAUUAUCUGAAGAGGAAGAGCAAGGAACGCAGUCGGGAGGACAACGCCUGGGACAGUCAGCAUCUGAAACUGAUGAACAAGAUGAACCAGAAGCUCCCUAUCGAGACCCGCCGACCGGAGGACCCACGAGGACACAGCUACAUCAAGUUUUACGGCAAUGAGAUUCGCUACGACCAGCUAAAGAAGGAGGACAUCCAAUACAUGAUGGAGCAAGGGAGCCUGCCAGUGUCAACCGUAGCCGAACAACUGAUGAGGAAGGGUGUGAACCUUCAGCUGAGGAAAGCUACAAAGGUGGUGGAGGCUUCCCGACAGAUCCCGACUGAGCUGGGCGUUCCGCUGUCGCUUGAUGUUAACUCCGCCUUCCUGAUGAAGUCUGACGUCAGCGGCAAGAUGGAGGUCCGUCCAAGACUCUUCCGACAGGACCGCUCUGAGCAGGACGUCCAGACGGUGAAACUGGACAUCGACACUAACCAAUCGGCUGUCCUGCAAGUUGUCGUGAAGAUGAGUGUGGAUUGCCGUGUUGCCCAGUCCGGCGUUGCUCUCAAUGCCAUCGCGAACGCCACCUUCCCCGUGUCCGGAAAGCUGUCCUUGGACUUGGAGAACAGGAAGUACAGGCUGAACAUCAAGGCCCCGGAUCAUGAGAAGGAACUCUUCACUCUUAAAUCCAUCCCGUCCGUUUAUACAGAACAGAAGAUGAUCAAUCCUACCGGGGACGGGAAAAGCGCUAAGCCAGUCAUCCGUACCAUGAACAUCCUUGGCAAGAAGAUUCAGAAAUGGCCAACCCACGUGCACAAUACCUUCGGACGAGAGGAACUGGGUUUCCAGUUUGCUCUAGAUAGCAAAAUGAUUUCUCGACUGAACAAGAAGAUGUCCCCCAUCCAACCUCUGACUGGCCCGAUGGAGUUCAAAUUGACCGUGAAACCUGGCCUGUAUCCGCCUACAGAGGCUGACAUUGAGUUCCGUCAACCGACAGAAGAGUCCAUCAGCCACCUCAGCCCCUUAGAACGCCUGGUGUACACCCAGCAGAGAGAACAAACCAACGACUUUCGGCUAGAGAUUGACAUUCUGGCCAAACAUCAACAACAUCCACGUACCAUGAACAUCAAGAUUCACUCAUACGACACUCAAAUGACUGAAGAUGACCUUACCGUUGACUCCAAGGAAGUUCGAGUCUCCCCACGUUUUCCUCAGCGAAGCUCGGAGGAGGAGAUGGAACCAGAGGUUUCCUCAGAGACGUCUAAGAACAUGAAGAUGCUGACCAACAAACUCUUUUGCAAAACCGUAGCAGUUCAACUGGAGCGUUCGCCGAUCCCAACAAAAGAGUCAGACGAUUUCAAAGGUUGCCUGAACUUGGAGUUCGAGUAUCCCAUGAUGCCAGAGUGGCACCUCAUCCAGGACAGGAAGAUGAAAGCGAUGAUUGAUGCUAAGUGGGGACGAGACUGCUCUGGGAACGACAAGAUGUUGAAAUUCAACGCCAAAUGGCAAAAAUCCGAAGAGCAACGUCGUCAGGAACGCUGGCAAGAGCGACAGCACAUUUCAGGUGUCGACAGCAGUGAACAACACAGCAACGAAGAACUGACAACUCGCGAAGACCAGAACACGUUUGAAAAAUGGAACCAUUUCAAGGAGUGCCUAAAAGAUCGUCACGAUGGUCUGAUGUAUUCUCCUGCCUGCCGGGUGGCUGUUGAAGACCGAAGCCUCCUUCGGCAGCUCGAUAUCGACAUUAUGCACCUUAACCUUCCUAGCUGGAUGGAAGAACUAUCCACCUCCCUCAAGAGACACAUCUAUUUCAUUUUCUUUGACCGGUUGAGAAUUAACGACAUCGACGUUCGCAACGAAGAGAACAAGGUACGCGUCCAGGUGGUCACCAACGAGAACCAGGACGUCAUGAACGUGACCAUCAACACUCCUAGCGAGGACGCACAGAUUAGCCACAUCCCCAUCGAGCAGCCCAAGAUCAAGGUCGAUUUCUCCAAGAUUCUGAAGCUGGACGUGCCGUUGAAGUUGGACUUGCCCCUAGGUUUCCCUCUGCGCUUUCCCUCGACGAAGAAGAGCUUGAAGCAGCAGUACAUGGAAGUGAUCUUUGGCAACGACCAACCAGCUUACUGUAAGAUCAGACCUAACGACAGAAUCCAGACGUUUGACGGCAUCCAGUACAAAUACAAGGUCGGUCUGUGUGAUCACGUGUUGGCAAAGGACAGCUCACCUGAGGAAAGCUUCCUAGUACUGGUCAGGAAAGAAGACGUGGAGAAGGAGGAAAAGAUGGUCCAGGUGUACUUGGAGGGAAGAAAGAUAGAACUGACAACAGUGCCGAAAUCCCAGUCUCAGGAAUGGACAAGCAAAGAGCAAGAAACAAAACAGGUCCACGUUUUCAUUGAUGGGAGGCAGGUAGAAGUUAGCCCUCUCAAGGUCCGUCAGAUCCUCAAAGACGAACACGAUACAAACAGCCGGGUUCUGUUCACCCUCUCUCGGUUUGGUAACAAGGUGGCCCUGAUCUCCGAACAGCAUGGACUAGUCGUGGAAACUGACGGCCACUAUGUCCAAGUUAAGGUUCCUACCAACUACCGCGGUAAGCUAUCUGGCCUGUGUGGUAACUUUGACGGAGAGCAAUACUCUGAGUACGAGGGGCCCAGCCAGGAGGUCUACCGGUCUCCGUUUGACUUCGGUAUCUCCUAUAGGAUCCCUGGAGAAGAAUGUCAACUUGAAUAA